UGACUUUAGUUUCUUCCAGCCGAGACAGAAAAUUUGAACAUAUGUUCCUUUUUUGUUACAACGUUGUUGUUUCCAACGGUACAACGGUAGAUGAUGGGAACGCUAUCUACGCAAUUUCGUUCCAUCAAACGCCCAAAUCCAAACCCUAAACAAUCCAAAUCGUCAUCUCCUACAAAAUCAGAAAUUAAAUUCAUCGCUAAACCAAAACCAAAAUCAGAGUCAGAGUCAGAGUCAUGGUCUGUUUAUCUCAUCCUCUCCACCAACCAUCCUAUCAAAACCUACGUUGGAAUUACAAACAAUUUCCCUCGCCGUUGGUGUAGUUUGAAGCAGCAUAACGGUGAACUUAAAGGUGGUGCAAAGGCAUCCCGUGCUGGAAGACCUUGGAUUUGUGCAUGCAUAAUUUGUGGUUUUACAGACCGAAGUGAAGCUAGUGUAUUUGAAUCAAAAUGGAAAACUUUCUCAAGGAGAGCUCCCCGCAAAAAUCAAAAUGACAAUCUCUCCAAGCAAAGUGAAGAUUCAUCAUUACCACUGCUGCGACACAGACAAGCGGCUCUGAAUAGAGUGAAAGGUUCACUCGACUGCGCUCACUUAGAAAUUAUUUGGCAUUUGGAUCCAUUGUGAUCCAACUGCCACAAUGUAUGUGUUUUGAUUAUGUAAUUGUAAUAAGUUCAAAUAGCAAAACAUAGGCCAUAAGAGAAAUAUUAAGAACACAUUUUGUGUUAUUAGUUAAAAUUUAUUGAAAAUUAUAAAAUUAUAAGUGGAUUUCAUUAAGUAAAAAGUGAGAUCCUCCAAAUUUUAUAAUUUUUUAUAAUAAAGAAUAUUAAAAAGAGUGCGUAGCUAGCAUUUUUCUAUAUUUGAUAGUACUAGCAAAUUGUACCAGACAUUGAUUGGUUCUUGUAGUAAGGUCUUUGUAUAGUAUAUAAGUGACGAAAGGUUAUAAUUUAAAACCAGCUAUUGGGUAUGUGGAGCAUGGACUCAUGAAGGGAGAAUAUUGUAGUAUUGUACCAUAUGCAUUGCUUGGUUCUUGAAGUAAGGAAUGAAACGUUAAUGUAGCAUGAAAA